UCGCAAAUUUGCAAAUAAUGUGUAAACGUCAUAAUUCACUGCUCAACCAUGUUCGUGGACCUGUAGUGUUGCUUCUAUGACAAUGAAGUCACAAAAAAGCAGCCUUGGUGAGCUUAAGAGACUUAAAGAAUACUAACAGUAGUUUAAGUCUUUAUGUAUGUAAAUAAUUUUAAUAAUUUUAGCUUUAACUAUAAUGUUUUAGAUCUUGUGGUUAUUAACCAGCCACCUUGAGGUAGCUCUUACAUGCAAGCUAGACAUUUAUUUUUCAGGAAUGUUAGUUAGAAAUAUUAAUAUGAUAGGAAUAAGGAUUAAACAUUUAUACGUUCAUCUGUAAAAUCGCAGUUUUGAAAUGUUUGUCUCUUCAGCUCACUUGUAUUUAUUAGAAACUUUGUGUUGUUUUGGUAGCUCUUCUUGUAUAAUGAACAGCUCUAUUUUUCCACACAGACUCUGUACACUCGAAAAUUCCAUAUUCGUUUCUUAAUUUAGAUUACAGGUGUAGUCUAGUCAUAUCAAUCUUUUAAAGAAAAAGCUGUUUUAUACUAAAGCGCCAACAGCCGUGAAUGUCAAGCACUAAAAUCUAAAGUACGAUCUGAUAUUGUAAAUGAUAUCUUGAUGGUGUUUUUUAGAGUUGGGUUUGUUUGCAGCAUCACUUUCUGCUGGGGAGAUUGGGAAUGAGCAGGCAGAUUAUAUAGUGAAGGAGAGUUUAGGAAGAGAAAUAGAUAUCCACGUAUCCUUGAGGAGGGUGGAACUGAGGGAAAGACAUUAUUUUUAGACAUUAUUUUUCUAUUCAACCUGAAGUUAGGAAAAUAUGUUUUUGUACUUGGGGCAUUGUGGGUUAAAUUUAUUUUUGUAUAUUGUAGGAAAGAAUAUUUUUGGAUUAUGUGAAUGUGGGAAUAUGGAAACGGUAGGGCAGUGUUUUCUUGGAAUGUAGGAAGUAUAAUGUAGAAAGAAAAGCACUUUUUGAUAAAUUGGCAGAACUUGAAGUGUUUUCUGUUACUUCUUUGUUUGGACUCCGUGAUGAGCAUAAACUGAUCUCUGAAGCAGUUCUUCAGUUCUUGCAUAAUAGAGGACUGUUUAUAUGAAAUUUAGUUCAAACUUUGACCUGUGGAGGGAAGUAAUACGCACAGUAGCGUCUACACUGCCGGAAACAUAUAAGAAGAAGAAGAAUGUCAAGCACUGCAUUGCGUUCGCGCGCAGCGGUGACGUCAGCGCCAUAUUGCGCGCGUGCAUAUAUCUCAAAAUUUCGCAACUUCAUUAAAAUGAAUAACUUUGAGAGAAUAUUAGCGGAGCAAGUGCGUCGGCACAAGCACCUCUAUGAUCCGAAUAUGCGCGACCAUAGUGACCUUCAGUUGACUCAGAAAGCGUGGAGCGAUGUCGCUGCCUCCACGGGGAAAGACGAGGCAGAAUGCCGUAAAGUCUGGAAGAACUUAAGAGACAAGUUUGUGAGGAUCAAGAAGAGGGUCCACGCAAGAAGCAGUGAUCCCAGUCCAUACAAGCUCAUGGCAGAGCUGGGAUGGUUAUCCCAAUAUGUUAAACACCGGGGAAAAGACCCAAAUAUGAAGGAUAUAUGUAAAGUGGUCUCCCUUGAGGAACUACUGAAGUCAAACAGCUUCCCGGUCUCUCCGGCAUCAGGAACAUCAGAGACUGUGACUUCCGGAAGCCCUCUACCUCUGUCCCUCAGGCCAUCAUCAUCGCCUCUUCCACCCGCCCCAUCCACUCCCCUUCUACCCUGUCCGUCACCCAAACACAGCCCCUCGCCUUGUUCAGUUUCAGCCUUCCCUGACCCAAGCAUCUCACCCUGUUCCAAUGCAUCAUCUUCUGCCGAAUUAAUGCCUAAGAGGAAGUCUGCCACUGAAGACGCCCUGCUGAAGAUACUGGAGCAGCUGGACUGGGAGAGGGAGAGGGCCAUGCAGCAGGACAGUGAGGAUUUCAGAUUCGCUGCUGUCGUUGUAGACAUGUUGGCAAAAAUUGAUGCUCAGGUGAAGUCUGAGGUUAAGUUCAAGAUCUAUCAAAUACUGUAUGAGGCUGGGCAAAAAAAAACACACGUAACAGAUCAUUGUAGCACUGACAAUUGUUUAUAGGAAAGAAUAUUUUCUUAAGCGUUUAUUUUGCAAAUAUGUGUAUAUUUAUGCAAAUAUGUAAAUAAGAAUUUUAAAGGAUGUUUGGUGUUUUAUAUGUACAUUUAAAAAAGUAGUUGUGUAGUACAUUUUAUUGUGUAAUGAAUAAAAACUUUGAAAUUGAA